AUGGUGGCGGAGGAAACACCUGCAUCCAAGUAUAGCACUUCAGUGGUCCCGGAGUCGCCAGGAAACCCAGAGGGAAACAGCAAUAUCUCCGGCACCACUUUCCUGCCACAGGACUCGUCAUUUGAAGAUGGCGAGGCCGAUCCCAUCGUCAUGGUUGAUGAACUUUCUGAUCUUCAGUCUGCUGCCACUCGAUUGAUGGACUUGUUCGUUUCCAAUGCUUCUGAUCCAAGAGAUAUUGUGGACGCCGCAAAGCGCCUCACUAAUCCAAUGAGCACGCAAAGCAAACGUCUGAAACCAGCUACCCACAAGCUCAUCAGUGCGAUGAAGGGUUUUAGCAGACAAGUCUUCAUAGAUGUUGAGCAAAUUAAACAGCUGAUUCCUUCGGUGCAUCCCGAAGGUACUGCUUUUCCAUGGAGCCCAUCACCAAUUCUGCACAAGGCCAACUGUGCACGACUGGCUCUCGACGUGCUUCUGGCAACCAUUGGCUCCCACUCUCCUCGGCAUGCGAUCGAAAGACUGGAGAGUCAGUUUCCCGCACCAUUCCUGGAUGCUAUAGUGAAGAGAUCUCAGGUCAAGCCUAUUGGCGCUAGCACUGCUGAGAAGCAGACGUUUGAGCUCGCACUUGAAAUUCGCACACAGUACUUCAUCAAGGAGUUGGAAAGACGUCAAAAUGAAAAGGACUUUGACCCGCAGUCCAUCUUGAGGGGGGUCUUUUAUGAUGAGCUGGCGCUUGAGGACGUGGAUUCAAAGCCCGAACAGGGCUUCCUUCGGGGAUUCAAACUCGCGCAUACUUUCGAGGAUGAAAAUGGACGUCUUCCAGAUCGCUUCCAGGAAGAUGUGGUUGACCGUAUCGGCGAACUGGAGUAUGACCUGGUUGCCGAGGAUGGCUCUACUCAAAUCCAAAAUUUGAAAAGCGCGUCAUGGACGCGUUUCAUUCAGCGCACUGCACGCUUUAUUUACACCCGAGACAAAGAAAUCAAGGUCGACUUGCAGCAGCAACCAAAAAUCGACGAGGUUGAUGACUUGGUGAGGAAUGAGAUCGAGCGUCGCGGGAGCGGGACAUCUCGUGAAACUCCCGAGCCUCGCCAGUCAGUUGUUUCUGUCUCCGUUGAUCGUUCGGUGCACGAGACUCCAGCACGGCAGGCCCGCGAACCUCCACGUCAGACAUCAAGCAUCGCGUCGCGAGACCAAACAAGGGAACCUCUCGGCGAGAACAAUCUUUCUUUUCCCCCUGCAUCUCCUCAAACGCCUUUCGGCCUUUCCGGCCAAGCCAGUCGUCCUGAAAAGCCACCAUUGAAGCAUUCAGAACAACGCAAACCCAACAAAAGAUUGCGCAUGCUCGAACGCAGUAUGAAUCAGUUGAAGCGCAAGGAGACAGAACGUCAUGAGCAAGAACUGUUACACCUGGAGUCCCAACAUGCGAGCCGACUAUCUACUACAAGUGAGCGCCCAAGCUUCAACAUGUCGGCCUCGCGGACUCGCGACGAAGUCCCUCAAUCUCCUCAGCCGGACUCGUCUCAGCCGAGAUACCCACCUGCCGGAAGCAUCGCUUCUGAGGAUCAGGACUUGAACUUUCGCAAUGAAGAUGAGAGUUUCAACCUCAACACACUGGAAACCGAAGCUGAAGUGACCGCCAGUCCCGUCAUUAAGCGUACCAACCCGAGGGACCUCUACUUCGCCCGUUCGAGUCAAGCUCAGCACCAGAGCCCCCAACACCUAGGCUCCCAGCAUCAGAGGUCGUCACCACAGCUGGCUUCAGACAAGUGGAACGAGCUCGUCCGGAGCCAACCACAGCCAGCACAGCCCCGGGCGUUCAUCGAUCGACAAGCAAAUGCCACCAGAGUUUCGUGGGGUGAGAGCGUCGACGACAACCCCCCGAGCGCACAAAGGCCCCGCGAGGAAGUCGCAGCUCCCACCAGCACCAGCACACGCACACUCAAGCGACCCCGUAUUGAUUCCGACGACUCUGACUCUGAUGAGCCUUUCGUCCGUGACGAACGCAGCAUCGAUCCAGCACACCGGCGAGCACAGAAACCACACCAAACACACGUCGACAAGCGAAUGCGGAGAGAUUCAAGCAACCAUUCCCCGGCGGCGGAUCAGCUCCAACAAGCCUUGACCGCGUCCAGUCAGGCCCAGCGACCUGCUUCCACACAACCCAGCUCACCACCGCCCGCGACCCAGGAGCGUUGGCCGCAGAAAAACAGACAAGAUACCGAGAGGCCAGCCCGGCCGAAGAACAACAAUAAGCGCACCAAUAGGUUCACCGAAGAGCAGAACCAGCGGCUCAUCCAUCUGGUCGGGGAGUUCGGGACUUCCUGGUCAAAGAUCCUUCGUGAAGAUGGCCUUUGUCCAGACUCACACGGAGGCCCUAUGUUUACAGGUCGCACUCAGGUCAAUCUGAAAGACCGGGCACGGAAUAUUAGAAGAGACUACACAAAUCGGGGAGAGCCGCUUCCUAAGAACUUUGAAAAAGUGGCAAAAUGA